AUGGCUGGGGACCGACUCCCACGGAAGGUGAUGGAUGCCAAGAAGCUGGCCAGCCUGCUGCGUGGUGGGCCUGGGGGGCCGCUGGUCAUCGACAGCCGCUCUUUCGUGGAGUACAACAGCUGGCACGUGCUCAGCUCUGUCAACAUCUGCUGCUCCAAGCUGGUGAAGCGACGGCUGCAGCAGAGUAAGGUCACCAUCGCUGAGCUUGUCCAGCCGGCCUCCCGCAGUCAGGUGGAGUCAGCGGAGCCGCAGGACGUCGUGGUCUAUGACCAGAGCACCCGGGACGCUAGCGUGCUGGCUGCAGACAGCUUCCUCUCCCUCCUGCUCAGCAAGCUGGACCGCUGCUUCGACAGCGUGGCCAUCCUCACAGGGGGCUUCGCCACCUUCUCCUCUUGCUUUCCUGGCCUCUGCGAGGGCAAGCCAGCCACCCUGCUUCCCAUGAGCCUCUCCCAGCCCUGCCUGCCUGUGCCCAGCGUGGGCCUGACCCGCAUCCUGCCUCACCUCUACCUGGGCUCCCAGAAAGACGUCCUGAACAAGGACCUGAUGACCCAGAAUGGAAUAAGCUAUGUCCUCAACGCCAGCAACUCGUGCCCCAAGCCUGACUUCAUCUGCGAGAGUCACUUCAUGCGCAUCCCCGUUAAUGACAACUACUGUGAAAAGCUGCUGCCCUGGCUGGACAAGUCCAUCGAGUUCAUCGAUAAAGCCAAGCUGUCCAGCUGCCAAGUCAUCGUACACUGUCUGGCUGGCAUCUCCCGCUCGGCCACCAUUGCCAUCGCUUACAUCAUGAAGACCAUGGGCAUGUCCUCUGACGACGCCUACAGGUUCGUGAAGGACCGGCGACCGUCCAUUUCACCCAAUUUCAACUUCCUGGGCCAGCUGCUGGAGUAUGAGCGCAGCCUGAAGCUGCUGGCUGCCCUGCAAGGCGAUGGGGCCCCCUCCCCAGGGACCCCGGGCCCCCUCCUGGGCCCUCCGCCCCCUCUGCCUCCGCUGCCACCACCUACCUCAGAGAGCACCGCCGCCGCCCGAGAGGGCUCCCCCCCAGCGCCCGCCGCCCCAGCCACGAGCGCGCUGCAGCAGGGCCUGCGCGGCCUGCACCUCUCCUCCGACCGCCUGCAGGACACCAACCGCCUCAAGCGGUCCUUCUCACUGGACAUCAAGUCGGCCUACGCACCGAGCCGGCGGCCCGAGGGCCCCGCCGCCCCCGAUCCCGGAGAGGCCCCCAAGCUCUACAAGCUGGACAGCCCCGGAGGCGCGCUGGGCCUGCCCUCGCCCGGAGCCGACAGCCCCGACUUGACGCCGGAGGCGCGCCCUCGGGGCGCCCCGAACGCGCGCGGGGAGCCCCGGGACGCGCGGACCGGCUGGCCGGAGGAGCCGGCCCCGGAGACGCAGUUCAAGCGGCGCAGCUGCCAGAUGGAGUUCGAGGAAGGCAUGGUGGAAGGGCGCGCGCGGGGUGAGGAGCUGGCGGCCCUGGGCAAGCAGGCCAGCUUCUCGGGCAGCGUGGAGGUCAUCGAGGUGUCCUGA